AUGGCCAGUGCGGAUUUUCUAUCCCGCCUGUCUCCUGUGAGGAAAAACGAUGCUUGGACCACAUCAUCAUCAGAUCUUCUCCCCGAGCUCCAGGUGGACGAUCAACAGUCAACUAACUACUUUGCUUUCUCCAUUAAAAAGUUGUCAAGCUUGUGGUUCGAUGACCUACUUGCGCACGAAGGGUACAGUAGUCAACAUGACAGAAGCCCGGCCUUCUCAAUCAUCGAUCUUUACAUUGGCGCUGCAGUUUCCGUAGAUACCGGUUCCGGAAAGGGCAACCAGCUGGUUACCACUUUGGCUGGGCGUCUUAAGGCUUGUAUACUUUCUGAGAAAUUCACAAACAAGAACCUGAGUGAUUCUAGGCCAUACCUUCCGCAAUCAAAGUGCAAAACAACUGCAUUUGAUGCUCAUUGCACCUGA